UCUCAUGUUCUCGCGAUAACUUGUCAGUCUAUCUGCAGAGAUGUAGAAUAAUAUUUAUCAGAGCAUCGCAGCCGGACAGAGAUAAAAACAACCUCACAAUAAUCACUUCAACUGAGUGUGGCGUACUCUGGUGCGCAUGCGUCGAGGGUGCCAUGAAGGUAAAGGUGAUCUCCAUCCUGGAGGACAACUACAUGUACCUGGUGAUCGAGGAGCAGAGCCGACAGGCCCUAGCUGUGGACCCUGCGGUGCCUCACCGGCUGCUAGAAAUAGUGAAGAGAGAGGGUUUAUCUCUGACGGCCAUCCUCACCACACACCAUCACUGGGACCAUGCUCGGGGGAACGAGGCUCUGCUGAAGGACGUUCCUGGUCUGAGGGUUUACGGGGCUGAUGAACGGAUCGGAGGUCUGACGGAUAAAGUGACUGACGGACAGGAACUCAAGUUUGACUCCAUCAACGUGCGCUGCCUGUUCACUCCGUGCCAUACCUCUGGUCACAUGUGCUACUUUGUGUGGGAGGAUGAGUGCUCUGACGCCCCCGCUGUGUUCACAGGAGAUACGUUGUUUAUCGGAGGAUGCGGCCGUUUUUUUGAGGGAACGGCAGAACAGAUGUACCACAACCUGACCACGGUGCUGGGCUCCCUGCCUCAGGACACGAAGGUGUUCUGUGGACAUGAAUACACCAUUAAGAACCUGAAGUUUGCCAUGUUGGUGGAGCCGGAGAACGAAAAGGUGAAAGAGAUGCUGAGCUGGGCCCGGGCCAGAGAUGAUGAUGAUAAACCCACGGUGCCGUCCACCCUCAUGGAGGAGUUUGAGUACAACCCUUUUCUUCGCCUCUCGGAGGAAGGAGUACAGAAGUUCACGGGGAAGACGGACCCCGUCGAGGUUCUGAGGGUCCUGAGGAAGGAGAAGGACAAGUUCAAGAAGCCCAAAGAGAGACUUCCUCAUCACGCCAUGUUGGCUCUGGAGUGGGGUCUCCUCAGACCCUGAGGUCCUCUAGAGACCUGGACAUGUGAAAUACUCCACGUGGAGUAGUUUUUGCUGCUUUAACACUAGAUUUAACCAAUUUAAACUGCCGGGAACCUUCCUGACCCGUGUGUGUGUUUUAGUGGUUAUGAAAUUAUGUCUCGCACUUUUGGGGGUUUAAAGGGCCAAAAUAUAAUAUUGUUUUUCUAUACAUAAACCAAGGUUAUAAUAGUUUGAUUUAUCAUUCGUUUUUUUCUUUUCUUUUUUUUUAGUUUUCAGUUAGUUUUAAUUCGUUUUUAGAGUGAGUUUGCUAGUUUUAGUUUAGUUUUUAUUAGUUGUUUUUUUUUGUAAUGGGGUAUUUGUUGGGUGCCAGAUUCAAUAAGGUCACAUUAAAUGUUUCCUUUAUUUCCUUUGUCUGAUCCAUCUCAGCCCCAAUAAGUUUAUUAAGUCAUAAAACCAGAUAGAUGAAAUAGAUUUCAUAUCAACCAAAAAGGUUUACGGAUGAAAAAAGUUGAUAAAGAUGAAAACGAAGGACAUUUUCACUAUAAUUUUAGUUAGUUUUAGCUAGUUUUGUAACCAUAAAAAUACAGUUUAUCGUUUUUUUUUAAAAACACUUGUUUUUAUUUUUAUUUCAGUUAACGAAAAUGUUUUUUCAAUUCUGGUUUUGUUAACUAUAAUAACCUUGGUAUAAAUACUAUAUAUGCAUAUAAAACUAUAUAAGUAAAGCUGCUUUCUUACUUACUUUUGCAGUUGGACGCUGCAAUUGAUAACUCAUAAAUUGUAAAAACACUAAGAAAAAAAAUAUGCACUGUACAUCACUGUGAAUGUAAAUUGCUGAUCUUAUGAUGAAUUGUACAUCAGAUUAUUGAAUAAAAGAUAUCAGACAUCUUAUUCUGGUGGACAUAUUUUUAAAUAAAAAGAACUUACGCAGCAAAA